UCUCUUUCUUCUUCUACAAAAGAUAGUCAUGGCAAAGUCUCUAGCUGGAGUGGUGCUUUUAGCCGCUCUUUUUAUGGCGGUUGAUGCGUUUAGACCAUCUGGUUUAACCAAUGGUCACGCCACAUUCUAUGGAGGGAGUGACGCUUCAGGAACAAUGGGGGGAGCUUGUGGUUACGGAGAUCUCUACUCGGCGGGGUACGGGACAAUGACGGCGGCUUUAAGCACGGCUCUGUUUAACAACGGAGCUUCGUGUGGAGAAUGCUAUAGGAUAACGUGUGAUUACGCUGCGGACUCGAGGUGGUGCAAGAAGGGAGCUUCGGUUGUUAUUACAGCAACUAACUUCUGUCCACCAAACUUCGCUCUACCGAGCAACAACGGUGGUUGGUGCAACCCGCCGCUAAAACAUUUCGACAUGGCUCAACCAGCUUGGGAAAAGAUCGGAAUCUACAGAGGUGGAAUUGUUCCCGUCGUUUUCCAAAGAGUAAGCUGUUACAAGAGAGGAGGAGUGAGAUUCAGAAUAAACGGAAGGGACUACUUCGAGCUAGUGAACAUAUCGAACGUAGGAGGAGCUGGUUCCAUUAAAUCUGUCUCCAUUAAAGGAUCAAAGACUGGUUGGUUACCCAUGUCUCGUAACUGGGGAGCUAACUGGCAAUCAAACGCUUAUCUCGAUGGACAAUCUAUCUCUUUCUCCAUUACCACUACUGAUGGUGCUACGAGAGUCUUCCUCAAUGUUGUUCCUUCUUCUUGGUCCUUUGGACAGACUUAUGCUUCCAGGGUUCAGUUUUAAGAUUCUUUUUGUCUUAAAGAUUAUUGGCAGUGGUCGCGGUUUGAGUCUGUUCUUUUCUCCCAGAGCGACCCG